CUCGCGCCGCAGUUCGCGCGAGGUGCCGCCGUCGGCCUUACGUCUGUUAUUUGCGCUAUACACGCCCGCGCCGUUCGAAUCGCGCCGCAUUUACUUUCGAUACACCGACCGCCUUUGUUUACUCCCCACGCGCGCUCAUACAAACAGCUGUUCCUAGCGAUCUCUCGUGAUCACUAUUAGUGUCGUUUUGUGUGCCAGAUAGGAAUAAGUGUGACCCGUCCUGUGUUCGUAUGUUUACAGUGUGUUCAUGGGGUUCGCGGCGCGGCCCUAAAGUGCAGCAGUGCUGAGCUCGCGGUGUGACGCGAGCGACUUGGCCAUGGCGGCGACUGCCCGCCGGGAAAUCGACACGGGCGAGGAGGAUAUAGCUGCCAUCGCCAAACAGAUUUCUGAUCAUGCGGAAGCAAUAUAUCAGACUUGGAAAGCGCGUGGCCUUGCGCCCACGGAGAUUCUGUCAUGCAGGCCCACGCCCGGGCUCAAGCUGGCUGAGAGCCUGAGGACUAAACCGAAACCGGAGCCUAAACCUGAAAUAAAACAACGUCCAGAAUUUCGUAGAGACCGGCCAGAGCUACGCGAGCAACGAUCCGAGUUACGUGCCGAGCAGAGAUCAGAACCAAGACGAGAUAUUCGACAUAAUCCGGAAAACGAGACAAUAGAAGUUACGCUGCCGCCAGAUUUAGUACCGGAGCGUAACGGAACUGGGUCUGGGACGAACGUGAGACGCGCUGAUGUCGCUGCAAUGCGGCUGGAAGUAGCUCGAGAGGAAGAAAGACUUCUUCGAGCUUUGCGCACAGGGGGGGUUGUCGCUGAGCGUCCCUCAGAGAGGCCCGAUGUUGUACCUCCCGUUUCACUUGUAGAUUAUGCUAAAAGUCGAUAUCAGGAUCGGUUGGAAACGGGGGCGAGGAAGCCAGCAGCGGGAGCUAGUGGAGAACGGAGAGCUUCUUUUGGUUCUCAUGUUACUGAAGCAAGAUCCAAAUUUGAGGCACGAGCUCGUCGCGCUUCUAGUGCUGGCACUGGGGAAGCCGCGUCGUCACAGGGUACUGCGCCCGUUCGUCCUUUCCUAACGCGUGGUUCAGUAGCUGAGCGUGUACUUAUGUUUGAGCGAUGCCCUAGUGAAGCAACGCUAGAACUAGCUAAAAGGAAGUCUCCAGCAGCCACAACGUGGCGAGGACCGCACGAUGUUAUUAUAAGAGCACAGAACUACGCAGCGUCGACUCCCCCAAAGCCGUCAUCAGCGCCUGCGCAUACGACUCUCCAGCGGUCAGUGCGCGCGGCGGGACCAGCGCGAGUCAUACCGCGCUUUCAUUUCCCCAAAGGCCGACCACCGCCCGCGCACCAACAAGACCACGCACUACAUAAAGUACAGUCAGCGUUCGCGACCUUCCCUAACAGUCAGGUGCCGAGAGAAAGCUUCAAGCAUAUCGUGAAAGCGUGCGAAUGUCCACUCUACUGGAAGAUGCCAUUGUUCCUGGCCACACAACAGAAUCUCAAUGCUGCGGUCGAUGGUCAUAAGUUCAUUGAUUUCUGGCGAGAAAUGACAACGCAAUGUCACGACCAAGCGUCCCGGUUUGUAUACAUUCUCACCCGAGGCAAGAGCAACAAUCUGACUCCUGAAGACUUCGUGCCACUUGUUCAAGACGUUGUGGACACGCACCCCGGACUUUCGUUCCUAAAAGAAGCCACAGAAUUCCACUCCCGAUAUGUUCAUACUGUGAUCGCUAGGAUAUUUUACUGCGUUAAUCGAUCGUGGUCUGGAAGAAUAUCGAUACCGGAACUCAGGAGAUCUAAUCUGCUCCAAGUUAUACAACUCUUGGAAGACGAGGAAGACAUCAAUCAAGUUACGCAAUACUUUAGUUACGAGCACUUCUACGUCAUAUAUUGCAAGUUCUGGGAGUUGGAUAAGGACCACGAUUUGUUCAUUGACAGACACGAUCUUGCUAGACAUAACGACCACGCUCUAUCAAGCCGCAUGAUCGAUCGAGUGUUAUCCGGGUGUGUUACGCGCGGCAACCAGAACCGACUGACACCGGACGGCGAGCCUCGGAUGUCUUACACGGAGUUCGUGUGGUUCCUACUCGCUGAAGAAGACAAAACUCAUCCCACAGCUAUUGAAUACUGGUUCAGGUGUAUGGAUUUGGAUGGCGAUGGUUUCAUUUCCAUGUAUGAGUUAGAAUACUUCUACGAGGAACAAAUGCAAAGGAUGGAGGCCAUAGGGAUUGAAACUUUGCCGUUCAACGACUGUUUAUGUCAGAUGUUAGAUAUGGUCCACCCAGCUGAAGAUGGCAAGAUAACUUUAACCGAUCUAAAGAAAUGUAAGCUAACACCGAUAUUCUACGACACCUUCUUCAAUCUGGAGAAGUAUCUCGACCACGAGCAGCGGGAUCCGUUCGCUACGCAGCGUGAUUCGGACUCUGAGAUGUCAGAAUGGGACAGAUUCGCUGCUGAGGAAUACGAACUGCUAGUGGCCGAGGAAGGCGGCAGCGACGCGCAGGACCAAAUCUCUUACGAUGAAACAGAUGAAGACUGUUUGUCGCCUAAUCUAGAUGACGUUACGAACACUGAGGUAGUCGAAGAUUCCAGCAUGGAAGAAUCAACUUUAAGCGAAGGAUACACCAACAUUGCCGCCCGCGUUAAAGAUCCCGCGGUAGUCGCGGCUGGCCCGCGGACCGCUGGGCCGCCUGCAGCUGGCUUCGUAAACCUCAGCUCCAUAUAUUCAAUUGGCAACAGCGAGAGAUGGGCAAAUCAGAAUAAAAAUGCAACACCAGAAAGAAAAGGAGAAAAACCCAUUCCACCCGAAAAGCCUGUCAGCUUGAUGAUGAUGAACGGUAAAAUGGACAAUAGAUGCGGCGGUUUCGGCAACAACAGUUUUCUCUACUCGCAACUUCUUAACUCUGGUAACAGUGGAGCUAGAGCGAAAGAUCCACCGUCAUAUACAGCAGCUACCAGUGGAGCACUUUUCGACAAAAAUGGUGAAGCGAAAAAUAUGGUAACAUCACCCAGUAAAGUCAAAUCGCCAGUUUUGAGUCCACUUAAUGGUGUUAGUAAAAUCUCUGACAAUUAUGAAAAGGCAGUAGCCGAAAGGCUGAGCCCCCAAAGAGAGAUAUCUAGACUGAACCGUAGCAGUCUUUUUAGUAAGGUUAAUACGGGCGUCGUAUCCGGCAAAGUUAAGAAAACCCGCAAUCAGGAAGAAGAAGACGAGGAUUACGCGAGAGAUAGCGACGAAUGUUCCAUUUAGACUCUGUUGAAGGUGUUAUGCCUAAUUUAAUAAAUGAAACUGUGUUAAAUGCGAUCGUCAUUAAAUGUGCAAAUUAAGGUUGGUGAAGUUAUACAUCAAUGUUGACGUUACAAUGUUGUGUUUAUCAGAGAAAUAUUUUUCCAGCGUAUCCUAGGUUCGGUACGUGCCUUGUGAGUAUAGAACGAUAGACACCCUUGUGUGGACACUAAACGUAAACUUAGAAGAUGUAGUAAAAAGUGCGUUAUUAUUCGGGGACUGUUUUAGAGGGUGAACGGUGUGUUUUAACAUCGCUUAAGUUAGUUUCAGCAUUUUAUUAGUAUUAUGGACAUUUAACAGUGUUAUUUUAAUUACGUAUUUACUGUAGCGUAUAAGCAUAUCAAAUUAUAGGCAUGGUUCAGAUGUACUUAGUUUAGGAAUGUUGAAUCACGAGCAAUGGCGUGAAUCGUUACAAUAAUCUUUACCACAUUUAUAUAGAUAGGUAUUUUAAUAACAGCUUCCUGUUUCAUACAGCUUAUAAUAAUACGAAUCAUUACAUUAUUCAUAAAAUAAAAAGAGGCCUCGAUAUAAUCCGUCAACGCAAAUCGCUAUUCGCAAUUACUCAUAUCAUCACUCCAUCCAUCACAGAUUAAAAUAUUUUGGAUAUAGAAAAAAAAAUUAAAAAAAGAAAACAAAAAUAAAGAUUUACUAAUCACAGUCAAAAGCUUUUUUACAUCAAAAUUAAAUUAUAGUAAACACGCACAGUUAUUAUUUAGAUAACAAAAUAUUUUUAUAAGACGUCUCGUUCGCGUAGUUUUUUAAAAAAAAUAUAAUCUAAUCGUGUCAAAUUAAUUCGGUAUCGCCGUAUCGAUAGUUUUUCAUGACGACGUUUAGAUACGAAUAGAUCGAUUAGGCAAUGAUAGACUAGGAUAAUUCGAGUAUUAUUUAAAUUUUCAGUACCAUGGAAAAAUGUGUACAUGUAGUUUUAUAUACUUAGUAACAAGAAUCUUGGGGCCCAUGCGAUUUCUUUCGCAGUUAUCUGUGCAAUCGUAGCAUUAUAAACGAUUUACACGAUACGGUAAUUGUUGCGCCUUCGAUUGAUGAUGGUAAGGUUGCGCGGUGUUAUUUAAGCAUAUAAUUUACAUUUUUCAUUAAGUCAAUCAUUCACCUCCAUAUUUUUUUUACAUCAUAUAUUUUGAAUCUCAAUUGUAGUAUAUACACAUACCAUAACAUACCAUUCAUUUUUGAAUUAUUUUAUUUUUAUUUUUACUAAAUAUUCAUGAAAUAGAUGAAACAAAUAUAUACCCAAUAAUGUAUUAAACUUUGUGAAAUUGGACGGUGAACAUAAAUUAUAAAUUAAUCGUGACAAAGUAUUUAAUAAUAAAAAUAAACAAGACAGCUGUAUAUAAGCUUGUAGAUAAUACAGGUAGAUCACGAUUUUUCUCUAGUCUACAGGGUGCUGAAUACGAGCUAAUUGACGGUCUACCUUUCGUAAACUUUAGUUUCUCAAAUGUGUACCACGGCCAAAGAAUGGGUUGUUUAAAUUGCCUAUAAAAUGUUGACUAAUCAUAUAUUCGACUUUUGUUCUUAGAUAUAAUUAGAAAUAUGUAAAAAUUUUAUUUAAUUUUAAAUAGAUUUUUAUAAUUAAAUUUUGUGAUUACUCAUUUGAAUUGUAAAAUUGUUUUAAGUCAUUGUUAUGACGGUGUAUACUGUACAUUUAAAACAUAAUCGUGCCUCAUUAUUUGUUAAAUUAUUUUUUAAAGAAUGUCUAAUUUUGCUUGGAAUUCGCGAAUCUUUUGUUACUAAUAUAACUAGUCAUUUCAAUUCUUCGUCAAACCACAAAUCAUAAAUGAUAAACAUCUACCAAUUAAUUAUUAACCAAAACAAUUGUUCAUGAGUUUAAUAAAUUUUAUUAAUAUGUUGUAACCUUCGUAAGUUGUUUUUAAUGUUUAAGAGCAUAAAUAUUUAUUAGACGACUAUAAUAUUUCAUUUUUACAGGGACAAUAUAUAAGGGGCUUGUUAAAAAAAUUGCUUAAACUUCAGUAACUUCGACCCAAAUAUUUUGGGAUAGCCUCUGUUCCUCAAAUAUUUUAAGACGUCUGCCUUAUUAUUUUAACAGUUAGGUAUUGUUAAAUUACGUUUGACAAUAAAAUAAUUUUCAUUUAUUUGUAUAAUAUAUAAUACGACCUUAAUAUGUAUAUAUUCUUAGAUCGAUUUAUGAUUUAUAUCAUACGUUAGAUUUAUCUUAGCUACUUAUAGCGCAAGACAAGCUUAUUACUCUACUUAUUUUUCUAAUUAAGUUAUUAAACUUUUUAAACCACCAAAGCGACGGAAGCUUUCAUUUUCUUGUUAAACAAGAUGGCGAAGAAAGUACUAAAACAUGUAAUUGAACAAGCUGGUUACAUUUUUAUAUUAUUAAAAUAAAAACUCGAAAGUGUUACUUUUUUUAGUAAUUAAAUAUUGUAUUCAUAAGUAUUAAAACAAUAAUGACAACGGCUCGGGUUUAUUCAGUUUUAUAUAGAUUUGUUUGGUAAAAAUAAUUGGAAUAAAAAAGUUGUCUAUGUUAGUGUUAUGAUGAAAGAACCAGUAUCUUCCAAAUUAUAACCCCAAGCCAUUAAUUAUAUUUAAGUAGUGCCAUUAAUAUAAUAUUUGUGUGUUAGUUUGUGUGAUAAUGACUGAAUAACUAAUGUAAACCUAAAUCCUAAAUGUGACAAAGUUUUACUUUUCGAUUCACUUUAAUAAUAAAAAUGUUGCAUUUGAACAAUUCAGAUUAUAUUUUGAAGUCUGGUGGUAGAAUCAGGUUUAAAAAAAAUUCAAACACUAUCAAGUAAAUCUCCAAGUGAAAAUAUAUUCUGUAAAAUCUUUUAUUAAUUAAGUAUUACACAUUUUAUUAAUUAAAAACAAUGCGUUAUAACAUUAUUUUUAAAAUUUGUAUUAGGUUUGUUUUUUCAUAAUGACGUUAUGUUAGGAAGUAUUUGAUUUAUACGUUGUAUUUUUAAAUAUUAAACAACUUAUGGUGUAGAAAUUUGGGAGUUGAAAUAUUUAUAGAAAAUAUGAUAUUUCAGUCAUACGCAAUUGGUUUAUAACCACUCAAUACUAAAUCUAUGACCUAAAUCAGAUUACAGAUACAUUUGUAUCUAUCGUUAAAGAAAUAUUUUAAAAUACGAAGAUAAAUACAUGAUCUGUCACAAUGUAUUAUAACACGAUAGACACUAAUGUAGCCGUAGCUUUAUACUUAUUUAUAGUUUUUAUGCGUGUAGCCACACCAAGUGGUAAGUUAUGUUGCUAGAAUAUUAUUAAAAUAAAAAAACCAAAACAAGAUUUUUUACAAAUGUUAGUGAUGACGUAGUUCGAUGUGUUAACACAAAGGUAUGAGACCUAAUUAAGAAUCCUAAUAAAGUACAUUAUUGUAUUUCAA